GAGAAAAGCAAUCUGCAGAGUUUUGGCGCAUUUUAGUUCUUUGGUUUAAACUGAGUUCUGGAGUCAUUUCCAUAGAGCAUUUCCAAGUUAGAUGCAACCAGUGUCCUUAGUUAUCACAGAUGUGAGUUGAGAGAUACAGAGGUUGCCAGUGACAACAACCAGUUCCAUAAACUUUGUGUAGAUUCAUCUGUAUUGAAUCCUUAUCGAAUCCUUCUAAUACGUGAAAACUAAACAAAGCAGUCUAAACCGCACACUAAUUGGACAAUUACCACGGUUUGUUCUUGCCGCGUGUGUGUGUGUGUUUGUGUGUGUGUUUGUAUUGGUAAAAACCUCUUUGUUUCGUUAACCGUUCGCGAUGGCUGAUUUCUUCAAUGAAGACACGCCUCAUGGAUGGCUUAAACGAGUGAUAUAUAAGAAAUAUCUUCAGGCGUAUGUAGCAAAGAUAUUAAAUUUUAAUUUGAACGUUGUGCUAAUUGAUGGAUUCGCUGGUGAAGGGAGAUAUGGGAGUGAAUGGAGAAAUGAAAUAGAAAGCUAUGGCUCUCCAUUGAUUAUGAUCAUGGUAGUCUUGCAGUUUUACUGCAAUUUUAUCGACAGAAAAAAUCAACAAACGAUUGGAAGCACAUGGACAAAUCUCCAUGAAACUGCUAUCCGUCGAUUUAUGGAAGAACUUACCGAAGAGGGUGAAGAGGUCCGACGGCCAGAGUUAGUUGGCAUUGGAAAAACUUAUAUUUACCUCGUAGAGAAUAAACCGAAAAACUUUAAAGCCUUGAGAAGGAAUAUACAAUUGUACCUGGGUUCAUUUUUCCGUUCAGACGUGGAAUUAGAAACCUCCGAACGCGACAAAAGUGUCGUCAUACAGGUGAGGCAUCCCCAGUUUCCUAUUACAAUAAGUAUUUCAAGGGUAACGUUCGAUGAAUUCCAGCGUGAAAGAUUUCAUAAUUCAAAGACAUUGACUAUUCUUGAUCCUUUCGGUUACAGCCAUACCCCAAUGCAACAUGUGCAGGAAUUUGUUGACCAAACAAGUGAAGUUCUGAUUUCGUUUAUGAGCGGAUUCGUAAAUAGAUUUUGUCGAAAAAAUCCAGGGUCUGUUGCAGAACUGUAUGGCAUUGACAGGCCAAGCGGAAAUCUUGAAGAGUUUCUGAGAAUCGUAAGAGACAACGCAAAAGGUAGUACAGCCGAAAAUCCGAAAUCCUGCACCAAGAGUUAUAUAGAGCACAUGAAAAGGCGCACUGGAUCGGCGUAUGCUCAGUUUUAUGAGAUGAGAGGGAAACGAAAUAAUGUCAUAUACCAUCUUAUUCACUUUGCGAAUCACGAUAAGGCGUUAGAGGCAAUGAAAGAAACGUUAAACACCUGUACUCAGUAUGAAGGAGUGUUCAAAAUGACGGACUAUAAAGUACUGGUUGAGGGAAUUCCGCUCGAACUUGGAAAUGCGCAAAACGAAGAGGAGCUUGCAAGAACAAUAUUUGGAGAAUAUUGUGGAAAGACCGUGAAGCUUGUGGAUGUAAAGAACUUUGUUUUCGAGCACACGCCGUUUGUUUUUAGAAAGAACGCACUGAAACUGUUGGAAAAACAGACCGAUCCAAAGAUAAUAAAUGUUGUUGAUUCGAGAAAUAGCACGGAAAAACGUCGCAAAUGGACUUACCCUGACUGGGGUGACUGGAAACUAACAUUUCGUGGCAGUGAUACAUGAUUAUGGUGAAGUGAUUAAUAAAUAUAGUUGGACAUAGCAUUGUAUGAGGCAUGUAAGAUGAUACGAACGUACUUUUGUGGCACACUCAGACCCUCAUAUUUCACAAGCAAUUAUUGUUCUUUUUGAAUAUAAUUUAACAUAAUAUGACACUGUUUUGCAAAUAAUCAUAGUGUAACUAUUGGAAAUAUUAUUCCAUGUGGAAAUGUGUAAAUUGGUUGCGAGUAGCCUUUUUCCGUCUUAUCCUAAGGGUCAUUUAUUUCUACUUAAUUUUGUCGGACACUGCUUUGGUCAACCUUAUGUUAUUUUGUGAUUAAGUUGAGUCUUGGAUUGUUCAACAGAAGUCAGUUACAUUGGUUGUCAAUUUGGACUGCUCUUAAGUGAAAAACCAGGCUAGUGUCUAUAUGAAACAUAUCGUAAAAGCCCUGUAACCAUAAGUAUAAAUACUUAUUUCAAACCAUUAGAUGGCAUUUCUAAGGAAGAAACAUUACAACGCAUUCAAUCGUGCCUUCGAGACAUAAUAUCAUGGAUGAAUCUAAACAUGCUCAAACUUAACACUGAUAAAACAGAAGUCAUCAUGUUCUCAUCUCCUCAUAACUCCAAACACAUCGAAGAUCUAUCGGUAACCGUCGGUGACUCGAAAGUUAAACAGUCUGUUAAUGUAAAACAUUUAGGUGCCAUCUUUGAUUCAAACAUGAACAUGGAAGAUCACGUUAAUUCAGUAUACAGAUCAUGUUAUUUACAUCUUAGACAAAUAGGCAGAAUUCAGAAAUAUCUGACAAUUGAUGCAUCUAAACAACUUGUGACUUCAUUGGUUAUCUCGCGCCUAGAUUAAUGCAAUGCACUACUGUAUGGAGUUUCUCUAACAUUAGUCAACAAACUGCAGAUCGUUCAAAACACAGCUGCCCGCAUCAUCACCAGAACCAUGCGAUACGAUCAUAUCACACCUGUACUUAAAGAACUACAUUGGCUUCUAGUGCAAUACAGAAUUCAGUUUAAAAUUUUAACGCAUACCUACAAAGCUUUUAACGGAAAAUCACCAGAAUAUUUGGAAGAAAUGCUAUGUGUUUACAAACCACGAAGAAAUCUGCGAUCUCAAAACAAAGCACUUACUUUAGUGAUACCAAAAGGUAAAACUGUAACCUACGGCGACCGACGUUUUGAAUAUGCAGCUCCGAAACUGUGGAACGACCUACCAUCCGGUGUGAGAGACUCAAGUUCAUUGUGUUCUUUCAAACGUGCACUUAAAACACACUAUUUCAAACAGGCGUAUGUGUAGCAUUUUUACCAGGAAUGAUCUGUGACAGUGAUUCACGAAGACUGUGUGACCAUUAUGUGAUUUUAAACAUAAUUUUACAACCUGUUUUAAUUAUACCAUGAUCUUUUAGUACAGUUACCUAUCCUAUACAUAACUGUUUUAGACUAUUGAUACAAUAUAUAAAUGUAAUUUAGAUGUCAGGCGUAAAUUAUAUUAAUAUCAUUUUUAAAUUUGUUCAAAGUUUCGCUAGACUAUUUUUUAUCGUAUGAUAUUGAUAUUUAUUGUUUUUAAUUCAGACGACCAGUUAAAUACCACAUUUCAUUUUAUUGUGUUUCAUAUUUUUUGGUAUGUUGUACAUUUAUUGUUCAAAAGCUGUCUAGUAGUUAGCUAUCAGAUUAUAUAGUUGUAAAGCGCCUUUGAACGUGUAUAUGAAAAGGGCGCUAUAUACGUUUGGUAAAUAAUAAUAAUAAUAAUAAUAAUAAUAAUAAUAAUAAUAAUAAAUAGCGUUGUAAUUCACCCACAAUGCAUUGUGCAAACAGACUUAGACGUACACUUACAAAGGACCUCUGAUUAAGAAAUUAUUAUUAUUUUCGUCUCUCUAUGUUUCUUGCUUGUUCAUGAGUUACGACAGCUGUAACACUUAUUGUAACAUUUAUUUUUGCAUAAAAAACACAUAUAGAUUCAUCAUUAAAUACUUCAAAACGGAUGCAGGAAAUUCAAAGGUAUUUUCAUAAAAGCGUAUUUUCCAGAGCACCUUCAAUUACUUGCAUUUCAAUUUGGGCAAGUUUUUGAACCAGGUGCUACGAGAUGUUUUUGUGUAUUGAUUAUUGUUUUUUUAUUUCAUCUUUUAUUCCUUUAUUGGAAUAGAAUAAUAGAAAUAAGUAUUCAGUGCAUUGUACAACGCAUUAAUGAUAAUAACCGCAAACAAAGAACAUAUACAAAAAUACAUAAAGUAUAUGCUUUAUCUUACAAUAUUAUUACAUUAACAUCGUCAUCAUUGUGUUACAACUUUGUGCCUUAUAACAUGUAAUAUAUAUUGCUGUAUAUACUGUAUAUAUCACCGUUUGUUUGUUUAAUAUGUUUAAAUCACUUUGGGUGGUGAUAAAGAGAAUGAUAAUACUCAGACAUGGUAUUAUAAUGCAGUUAUGAUGUAUAUUAUGUAAAUAUUUAUUAAUGUUUGGAUGUCGUAAUAAUGUUAUAUUUCAAGUGUUUUACUAACAUAUUUGCCUAGAUGUUUUUUUUGUAUUUUGAAAAAAAAAUCAGCUUAAUUUACCCACUUUGCAAGAGUGAUUGUGUAGAAAUUUUAUCCCAAAAUAAUAACAAAAAAAUAUCCACGGAAACUGUGUAUAAACUUUAUACUCUCAUUAUUCAACAAAUAUUCGCGGGAACAGUGUAUACUAUUUUUACCUUCAGAUAUGAACAUAUAUCCAAUGUGACUGUUUAUAAACUUGAUACAUUCAGAAGCAAAAAAAUAUCCGUGAUACUGUGAUUAUAUUCAAUAAUCAUAUGUCAGGUGGUGAUUUCAGAGGCGAGGAAGAAUAUAAUGAUUUUAUAGGGGAAUUUGAUUCUGGUUUAGACCAUAACUCUACUUUCGAGUCAUUAGAUGUGCCUAUUUCAGAUGAUGAAAUUUUGAAAGCUAUCAAGAAGUUAGGUUCGAAUAAGGCACCCUCUAUUGGCAACGUUUUAUAUGAGUAUUUUAAGGUAUAAGUACCACACAUUAUUAGACCAUUGAAUUCCUUUUUUAAUCAUAUAUUGAACACGAAAUCGUUCCCUCGAUCAUGGGCAGCUGGUGUUGUUAUUCCAAUCUACAAAAAGGGAAACCAAUCAGACCCUAACAAUUACAGGGGGAUAACUCUUACUAGCUGUUUUUCAAAAUUAUUUACUAUCGUACUAAAUGAAAGGCUAAAAUUGUGGGCUGAAGAAAAUAGUAUUUUCACAGAUGCUCAGUUUGGUUUUAAAAAUAAGUAUAGUACUGUUGAUCAUGUCUUUAUUUUGCACUCGUUGAUUCAAAAACAGUUUGAAAGAAAAAAGAAGCUGUUUUGCUGUUUUAUUGAUUAUAAAAAAAGCUUAUGAUUACAUUGAUAGAAGUAGGCUUUGGUAUAAGUUUAUAAAAUUGGGAAUCGACGGUAAAAUUUUGUCCAUUGUUCGAUCUAUGUAUAGCGAGGUGAAACUUUGUGAAAAACACCUGGGAACAUUGUCAGAUUUUUUCAACAGUAACCUUGACUUAUUUCAAGGGGAGAUAACCUCUCCGAUAUUUUUCUCACUUUUCUUGAACGAUAUUGAAAUGCAUUUGUAAGAAAAUAUAAAUGACGGCAUUACUGUCGACCAAAUUUCAAUAUAUCUACUGUUAUUUGCAGACGAUGCUGUUAUUGAUUCAGAGACAAAUGAUGAUUUGCUGAACUCUUUAAAUAGUUUAUAUUCAUAUUGUCGCAAAUGGAACCUCACGGUUAACAUUGAUAAAACUAAGGUUAUGGUGUUUAGGAAAGGUGGUAGGUUGGGCAAUAAUGAUAAAUGGUUGUAUAAUAAUCAGGAAGUUGAAAUUGUUGGUUCUUUUAAUUAUCUAGGUGUUGUUUUUACCAGUGGCGGUUCUUUUAUUCAAGCUGCAAAAACACUUGCAGGAAAGGGGUUGCGAUCACUGCACGCACUUAUGGGGCUGGUUCGUAAUAUUAAAGUUCCAAUUAAUAUCAUGUUUAAUCUCUUCGACUCCUAUGUGUUAUCUGUUUUAAACUACGGCUCUGAAGAGUGGGGUUAUAUGAAUGCGGAAGUCUCAGAGAGAGUACAUAAGAAAUUUUGUAAAUGGGUGUUAAAUGUUAAACAAUCCACUAACACUUUGGCCUUGUAUGGAGAGUUGGGUAGGUUCCCAUUGUACAUAGAACGUCAUAUUAGAAUGGUGAAAUCAUUUUUAAAGCUCCACUCAGUAAAGCAAGAAAACUGUAUUUUAAAUGCUAUAUUACUUGAUCAAAUUUAUAAUGUAGAUAACAACGUGUCCACCAAGAGCUGGGUGUCAAGAGUUCGUGACAUCCUUUGAUCAUCUGGUCUUAAUGAAGUAUGGCUUUAUCCUGGUUCUGUGAAAAUUGAAUGUUUUGUGCCUGUGCUUCGGAGUAGACUUCGAGAUAUUUAUAUUAGUAAUUGGAGAUCUGGGCUAGAUUUAUCCUCUGCUCUAGAUGUAUACCGUGUAAUUAAAACUAGUUUGGAACAAUCAGCGUAUAUCAGUCUGGUAGAAAAUACAAAAUAUAAAAAUGCUUUGGCUAAAUUACGUCUUUCUUCGCAUAAAUUAAAUAUAGAGAUAGGCCGACAUAAUAAAAUCCCUAGACAUGAAAGAAAACGUACAUUGUGUAUUUUAAAUGAUAUUGAGGACGAAUUCCAUUUUGUUCUUAAAUGCCCUGUGUAUGCAGACCUUAGACGCCAGUAUAUUCCUAAGUACUUUUAUACUCAUAUUAGUUUGAUGAAAUAUAUAUUUUAUUGAUGUAAAGUAGUAAUAAAAUACUCAUUAGAAAAUUAGUAAUGUAUUGUGAUAAGGCGUUCAAACUUCGUGAUUCGUUGAUAUAAAGUAUGUGUCAUGGAUGUUUUCUAUCUUAUUUUGAUAGGGUAAAAACUCAUAUUGGGUUGGUGUAUUUUCCCUAUGUUUUGUUAUUUCGGUACAUGUUUGCAUCAUUUUCCUGGUCCUUACGAUGUAAUCAAAUAUACUUACAUUACCCACUAUACGCAGUCAUAUGCGGCUAUAUACAUAACCAAUGCAUGAUUACUGUUUGAUCAAUCUUAAAUAAUGUCCGACAGUAUGUAAUAUUCAAUUAAAAAUUAUAUCAUAUAAUAUUAAUUCAUUCUCACAUUAUAUCCCAGAAACAAUCAAAUCAAAUGUAUUAGCGGAUAAUAUGCUAUGUGUUA